AUGAGCCGAGUCGAUGUGCUGGCGGAUGACCGCGGCCUCCAGGGAUGCUUCAAGGUGGCAAACAUCCAGCAAGAAUGGGCGCAGGACUUUAUCACCAAGCACAAGUUGGUCACCCUGGACGACUAUAUCUACUCGGUUGCCCAUGAUACAUGGGAAAAGGGUGUGGAAACCUUGGUGUCCCAGGUUCCCACCCUCCGGGACAACAUGAUCGCGCUAGCGCGGUUUCGUAGCGCUUUUGACAUUGGCCGAGAAGCCUUGCGCCAGGCUGCAGCGCCAGCAACGAAGAGUGCAGAUUUGGACGAGCCUCUGCCAGAGGCGACUAUGAAGUCUCUCAACCAGGAUUGGGCUCGCCGGUACAGUUUGCAGCUGGAUCCGUCGUUGGAGCCCUGUGGGGCCCUCCGGUCCAGGCUCUACCGAGAGUUUCGGAAAGGCCAGCUCACGGUCAUUGAGGCUCGCAAAGUCAAGAGCGUCAUCACAGUGGCCCAGCCCAAGACACAAGGGUCGGUUACUCUGGGAGAUAACGUCCACUUGGAAUUUGAGAAGGAGGAGGGUAUCCCGAUCAAGAGCUGUGUGGAAUAUUACCUGCAGAUGCGGGUGCUUGCUCAUGCUUUGGCAUGGGCGGGCAACUACCAGGUGGAUUAUGAAGGUGGGCGCCACUGGAUGAUGGACCUUUCCACCGUGCUGGGCUAUGUGGAUGUCGCCUUGCGUAAUUCUAUUGAAUUCGCAGGUGGGUCCAUGUUGUGGCUGCAAAGAAACGACGUGUUGACACGGGGCAAGCUGGCGACCUAUGUCAACAGAGGCAUGCCAGGUUCUGUGGCCAUGAAACAGGCCUUGCAUGAGACGCACUUGGAGUGGCGGUCUCCCUUGGCUGCUCCGCUGGUGGUGUCCUCUGGGUCUGGGUCCCCAGGGACCACCAAGCGGAAGCAAGAAAGCAGCCCUUUGCCUGUGGGUGAGGCACCGACCAAGCGGCCGCGCACCUUGAAGGCAGAUCGGUGGGCCACAGUGAGCAUGAUCAAGGGCGGUAAGCGAUUGUGCAAGCCGUACAACGACGGCAGGGGGUGCAGCAACUCGCAGUGUGAUCAGAUGCAUGCCUGCGAUGUGAAACUGCCCAACGGAAAGCCUUGCUUGAGUCGGGCACACACCCGGAUAGCUGCUGCGCUGCCUGCCACGCCUGUUGGACGGGUGGUCUCACUCAGGGACCCCCUGGUGGACCCCCUCCAGCGACCAGUUGACAGAGUGAGUGCUGACCGCCUCCGGGCGGCAAAGCCAGUGGCAUGGCGAGGUUUGGGGGAUCUGCCCCAGUUCACGUGGGCCAAGCCGCUUGUGGGCUCAUGGUUGGUGAUCGACCUUUGGGCUGGCUUCAGUGGGCUGUGUGUGGCCCUCCUUGCGAUGGGGGUGCGUUUUCACGCAGUGGCUGCGGAAAACGACACUUUCCCUGCCCAGGUGGCGGAACAGAUCAUGCCGCAGGUGGUUGCUGUUGACGCGGUGGAAACUGUGACAGGGACCAUGUUCCGUCCGUUUCUCCAACGUCGGCAAGUCAGAGGCAUCAUUUUAGGCGGAGGUUCCCCCUGCCAGGGCAACUCUAUUUUGAACACAGGCCGAAAAGGGUUGGCUGAUACCCGAAGUCAACAACCUCAAGAGUUGGUACGCAUCCGCCAGGAGCUGCAAGACCUCCCAGAAUGUGCGACCCUGGAGAUUGUCACGUUUUUGGAAAACGUGGCCUCUAUGCCCCGCGAAGUCAUGGACCAGUAUACAGCAUGGAUGGGCUUCCCACCUAUCCUCAUCGACGCGGGCGCUUGCGGAUGGGUGCAACGGCGCCGGCUGCUGUGGUUAGGCCAGGGUCGCUGCGGGGUGUCACCUCGUUGCACCCCCCCCGACGGCUGGGUAUGGGUCGAGUCUGGGACCGAUCCCCCCGAGCUGCGCUGGAAGGGACCCAAGCCAAUCCCGGCCAAGGUUCAUUUUGAUCAGAGUUUUGGUCCCCUUUUUGAUGCUGCGGAAGUAGUUAAGGCGGCGGGACAAGGGGCUAUGCAUCCGUUCACCAGGGAGUUUUGGCACCCCUGUGAUCGGGUCAAGCUGGUUCCGCCAGAGGCGGCUGCUAGAUUCUAUCAAGAUGAGAGGCGGUUGCCCCCCUCGGCCUACACAGCAGAGAGUUUGCUUUGGCGCAAGGAUGAGUGGCGUCAGCCGGGGCCUGAGGAGCGUGCCCAGAUGAUGGGGUUUCCUGCGCAGUGCCUUCAGGCCGUUCAGGGACCAGCGGCGGUGCGUCGCCAACGCCAAAACAGUAUGCUUGGCAACGGUUUCCACCUGCCGAUGAUUGUGGCACUUUUCUGCCUGCUUCCAGGUGUGUUGAGUAUGAAGGUACCGCGACCGUUGUUUGACCUCGCGGAGCGCAAAUUGCAGGAGCGUUUGGCGGGUACGGUAUGGGAACCAGGCCGCUUGCAGGUGUUCCCUGGUUUGCUUUCGAGUGACCAGGUGGUGCAAUCCAUGCAGCGGACAGUCUUCGGAUCCUUGCCAAUCUCUGCAAAUGUGUGGCAGUUGACAGCCACCCGGUUGGCUCCCUUGCCAGUGUGGCAACUGCAAGCCUAUACUGCGUGGGCAGUCGGCCGAGGCGCAUCAUGUGAUCAAUUAGGGCCCACCCCGCUGACAACGAGCCAUCGGACAGCUCUGUUUGCAGGACUGACCGGGCAGCGCUACCCGGGCAAUUCCCGGAAAGGCCUGGACCAUUUGCUGCCGCCAGGCGUCGGCAAGGAGGAGCAUAUCAAACAGGCUGUGGGCCUGCCAUCGCCCUUUCGCCUUCGCGAGUGGCCUGAGCAAGAUGUGGACUUCGUUCUCCACGCCAUUGCAACAUGGCAGCAGGCACUGAUCGGGUACUCUGAGCAAUGCCGCCAGGUAUUUCGACAGGUCUGCACAGCGCUGCUGCCAUUGGAUGAUGAGUUGCGCAAAUUCAGGGUGCACAGUGCAGUGAAAGUGGCCGCUGGGAAAAGGCCUGCCGUUUUGGCGUUCUUGACUGUGAUCCUGCGAUGGCCCGACUUGCAGCAACCUUUGCAGAUGUUGCAGGGCUAUCCUAUUGUUGGGGCACUGGAGCCUAGUGGAGUCUUCCGAUCCAUUACUGCUCGUGAAGCUUUGCCAAAAGAGGAGUGGUUGGGGGAUGCAGCUGUGGCAGCUGUGGAGAGGAUUGAGAGCUCUCGCCCUCCGCGGUUUGCCGAGCGCAUCUAUGCUGCCACAGUUCUUGAGCAACAAAAGCAAUUUUGCUCGCCUUUCCUUACCAAGCGCUGCAUGGAUGAGCGUUUUGGCGUAGGACAGUGGCGACCGCUGCAACGUUUCUUGAUUGUGCAGCCGGAUGGGAAGGAAAGAGUCAUUGACAAUGCACGCAAGACUCUCCACAAUAGUUCAACGGAGAUGAUGGAAACGAUUUACACAGUGCACUUGGACUUCAUCCCGGCCGUUAUCAAGCAACUGGCGCACCGGCUUCAGGUGACUAGCCCAGGGGAUUGGAGUGUCUUCCACCCCUGGGCGCAUUUUCGCCUGGGAACGGAUGAUCUGCCGGAUGCAUAUCGUGGUCUGCCCGUGUGCCCAGAACAUUUGCCAUACUCUGCUGUGGCAGUCUGGGUACCCCAGCAGGGAUGGCGUUACACUAUUUUGUGGGGACUGGCCUUUGGACUCGAAAGUGCUGUAGUCUCUUUCAACCGGCUGCCUCAGCUGGGAAUUGCCGCUACUAGAAGAUGCCUCUAUGGUCUUGCAGCAGCUUAUUUUGAUGACGAGUUGGCCGUCGAAGUGGUGGCAGCAGCCGAUAUUUCACAACAAGCCUUGCGGCUCUUGUUUACUAGUAUUGGCGCUCCGCCCCAGAAAGCCAAGGGAUUUGCGCCUUCACCAGAUCGCCACUACCUGGGAGCCGCGAUUCACUUGGGCUCUGUGAUGACAACGGGUUGUGUCCGUAUCCAGCCAAAAUUCGCGACGGUGGCCAAAGUUGCUGGUCGUCUCCGAGUGGCCAUUGCCAACCGUUGUCUUACCAAAGAGGAAGCUGGCAAGCUCCGGGGCGACAUCACUUGGAUGUUUUCUUUGGCGGCGGGGCACAUGGGCCGUAUCGCCCAGCCUGUCCUGGCCAAGUGCAGCAGUGAUGGCCCGACGCCAAUGGAUGAUGAAGAUGUUGUUACCUUGCAGGUGCUGCUGCGCAUUGUCCUGGACUGUCAGCCUCGCGACGUCCAGGUGUGCGGUGUGGAUAAGGUGCCUUUGGUUAUCUACUCCGAUGCCUCUUUUGAGCAAGGAGUCCUACGCCUGGGGUGGGUAGUGAUGUGUCCGGGUACCUCCUACCAACCUCAGGGGGGGACCUGUGAGGUGCCACCAGAGGUCAUAGAUAGCUGGUGUGAUGCCCACGAGAUAGCACAGUUCUCGCACUAUCUGCUGAACAGUUUGGACGCCCGGGCGUGGUUUGAAUGGAUUGACUCCGAGUCUAAUCCUAGUGAUGGGCUGAGCAGAUUAGGAUUAGCAGAUGAGUGGACACAGGCCCAGGGCUGGUCCCUCACCUCUUACACUUUUCCUCCUGGCCUCAGCCGCGGAGAAUUUCUUCAGUCCCUUCCGGUUAGCCGUUUCACGGCCUACGUCAUCGAAAUCAAUGACUUCGGAAAAGUGACCGAGGUGGCACACCGCUACAGCGAUUUUGAGACGCUGCACAAGGCGCUGUUGAUGGAGAAUCCAGGGCUCCAACUGCCGCCACUCCCACCGAAGGGAGCAGACGGCACGGAUGCAGCGGUGAUCGCUGCGCGCAAGGUUGAGCUGGAGCAGUUACUCCGCGGAAUGUUACAGAACGUGGAGGCGCGCCCGUGCUGGGCUGGUGCUGCGCCCGUUAGGGCCGGAGCUUUCCCCCGGGAUUUGCGCCAUUGGAAAUUCUUAGAGCUGGGCAAUCCCACGGUCAUUGCCGGGCGCUUCGUGAUGGCGCCAAGGUUGGGGCCAUGGCCAGAAAAAUCGGGUGAAAUUUCAUGA